UGUUUAGUAUUUAACAGAUAGUUGAAAUAUAAGUAUAAGUAUUUCCGAGUAGAGUACAGUUAUAAGCAGCUGCUGUUAAUAAUUUUAUUUAAUUUAUUUUUUUACAAUCCAAUAGGUACAGUUGUUUUCACGGCCAACGUCUUUACAUCAGUGCACUCGUAACAUUUUUUUAAUAUUAUUAGCGAUAAAAAAAAAAAAAAAAAACAAUAAUAAUAAUGUCUGAUGUGGAUUGUGAAGAUGAGUUCCUUGACGCAGAAGACGAUGAAACUAUGGCAAGCCCGCAGGUUUUGCCGUCGUCAGAGGCCACGAGCACUGCAACAAUGGAUUUAGAAACAGCAAUCGAGGAUGCAAAACGUGCGACAUAUUUUUUUUUUAAUAAUGACUUUACAAGUGCUAAAAAAAUAUUAGAGCCUUGGGCACACACGAGUAUGUAUCACUCCCUGGGAAAUAGUGUUUUUGCAUGCCUUGAAGCUUUUCUAACUUUCGAACAGAAACAUAUAGAGAAGGCUGUGGAAACUUUGAAAAUUUGUACGAACGUCUGUUUAAAGCAUCGACGUCAUGUAACACUUUCACAGAACAUCGGGAAAAUGGUUAAGAAAACAAACUACAAUUCAUAUACACUCGAGGAGGUGCAUGCAGAAUUAUGUUACGCUGAGUCACUAUUAAUGAAGGCGAUGCUUACAUUCGUUGAGGAUGAAACUCUUGUUAGUUUUGUAAAAGCUGGAUUAAAAAUACGUACCUGCUACCUCAUUUACAAAGAAUGUUUGACGAUUCUUACAUCACGACAAUGGAAAAAUGAUAUAGAGCGCGUACAUUUUGAAAGCGGUGUUCGUAUGGGAAUUGGUACCUUUAAUUUGAUGAUAUCAUUGUUACCGGGACGUGUUAUUAAAUUAUUAGAAUUCAUUGGAUUUUCCGGUGAUAAAAUAAACGGAUUAACCGAAUUAGAAAAAGGAUAUGAAGAUCGUCGCGGAUUACGUCAAGUACUUUGUGCAAUGACAUUACUAUCGUAUCAUUUAAUAACAUCAUUCGUACUGAGUCACCGUGAUGGAGAUCUUGAUUGGUGUGAUAAAGCCCUGAGAAAUGAAUUACACCAUUAUCCAGACGGUGUUUGGUUUUUAUUUUUCAAAGGCCGCCUUGAAUUCAUGAAAGGAAAUAUUGAAAACUCAAUUGAGUGGUACCGGAAAUCAUGGAAAAGUCAAAAUCUAUGGCCUCAGUUUCACCAUCUGUGCUAUUGGGAACUCAUGUGGGCCCAUUGCUGUCAACAAGACUGGGAAUCGGCAUUAUUUUUUGCUCGUUCACUUGCCGAGCAGUCUAAUUGGUCACGGACUAUUUACUUGUACCAGCAAGCAGUGCUGAUGAUAAUGAUACAGCAACAGAAACAAAAAGAUCAGCAACAAGACCAAGAAUCUACUGAUGAAGAGAGUAUUAGUAACUUAAUGACACAAGUACCUACUUAUAAACAGAGGAUAGCUGGCAAAUCAUUGCCUAUGGAAAAAUUUGUUGUUAAAAAAUCCGAGCGUUAUUUUUCACAAAAUAAAACUCUCGUGCUUCCGAUAUUCGAACUAAUGUUUGUGUGGAAUUUAUUCCGCAUAGUUGGAAAACGUUCUGAUUUAAUUGUCAACGUUUACAAAUUAAUUGAAGCUGAAGAAAAAAGUUUUGAUCAAACACAAAAACAAAAAUAUGCGGCCGAUAAUUUAGGAUUAUUAUUAUUAAUAAAAGGAACAUGCUUACGUCAAAUGAAACUUCCUCUGCAAGCAGAAGAUAGUUUCAGACGUGUUAUUGAAAUGGAAAAAGAAAUUAAAGAAGAUUGUUACUUAGUUCCUUACGCUAUGGUUGAACUAGCGGUAUUAGCGCGUGAUAGAAAUGAUAAUCAAGGAGCUAUCAAUCUUUUAGAAGACGCAAAAAAAAAUUACACAGGAUAUUCGCUGGAGUCAAGAUUACACUUUAGAAUUCAUGCGGAAUUGAUGGAUCUCAACAAUAAAACCAGUAAUUCAAUUACGCCCACAUCUGCUACAACCGCCAGAAGCGGCAGUUUAAAAUCAACUUCCUCAUUGUCUGCUAAUAGCAAGAAUAAAAGUCUUAGCUCACUUACAAGUAAUGAUUCGGUAGAUAAAAUAACGCAGUUAACUAAAAUAUCUGAUUUGAAUAGUUGAAAUAAUAACAUUUUUUUUUGUAAAAAAUUAUUUACGUGAACUAAAAAAUCUUUAUAUAAGUUAUUAUUUAUUAUUAUAAAUAUAAAGAGUAUAUUAAAAUAAUUAACGUUAUUAUUUUAUUAGCGAAGAUUCAGGGCAUUCUUGAACAAUACCUCCCACUUUUUUUUAAGUAUUCUAUGACCUUGAACUAGUAUUAAAAUUUUAUCAAUUAAUUAAAAAAAUAAUUUUUUUUUUUAAAUUACAUAAAUUGCCAGCAAUAAGAAGUCGAGCGAAAUUUGUUGAGUUAAAUGAAUUUAAGGCUACAAAGUUUAAAAAUUUGAAUUUGAAAAUUGACAUGAAGAUUUUUCAUUUAAAUUUAUAUGGAGCAGUUAGCAGACAAUUAAAAAAUUUGAAUUUUUUUCACAACUUAAUUUAAAACAAUAAAAACAUGCGCAUGUAGAAAAUUUAAAAAACUAAAUGCAAUUUUUGAAAUACUUAUUUUUUAAUUUAUCAUUUUUAAAAAAAUUCAAAAAUUAUUAGACGGCUAAUAUCAGUAUCAUAAAUUUAUUUAAAUGAAUUUCGUUUAACUCCUAAUUGAUAUCAACUGUAAAUAUUUUUUUUUAUUCUAGAUCUCGGUGAAAUUGCAAGUUGUCUUUUUUCAAUUAAUUCUUUAAUGUUUUUUAAAUUAAUUAACAAAAUUUGAAUAGUUAUGACAGGAGUCUUGAAUAUUUUUAAAAAGUGGGGCCGCUGCGAGAAUACCUCUACUAUAUAUCACAUAAUUAAAAAAAAAAAAAGUAUUUAUUAAUAUAUAAAUGGUGCAAUUAUUUAUAAAUUUUGUGUACAUAAAAAAAAAUAAAUAAAUUUAUGACACGUCAGUA